GGGCGUGAGUAGUGGCGGAGCUCGGGUAGAUUGACAGCACAUUGACACAUCGCUUAGCUACGUUAUAGUGGCGUUGCAAGGACCUAGCGAGAACGUUCUGGAGAUACCCCAUUUUUGGGCGUCUCGAGUUUUCUCUGCGGGCUCUAGUACCCUCCACCGUAAGGUCGGACUACUCUUUCGGCACCGUUGCAGUGCCGCUCGGUCUCCACUUUACUGCAACCCUAACGUUACUGCUCAUCCACACAACACUUUAUUGCGUCUCUGGGCGACCAGCGGUGUGUUUAUGUCUUUGUUUUGCGAAAACGGUGAGUACCCGGACGACAGGAGCGACGGAUGGGAAAGUCUUCCCCUCUCUUCUCAGAGCUGUUGCGCAGCUGUUGGAACCUGUGUGGGGGGAACUUAGCCUACAGGCGCGGAGCUUACAGCCUCAGUGGCAAGACCUUUUUCAUGUCCGAGCCCGAACCCUCUUCCAGUCGUUUAUGUCAUCCCAUCUUCGCCAGACAGAGGAUACCAAAAAUUUGCAGUCCAAGAUCUUUCUAUCGUACUGAUAAAGCCCGCGGCCAGCCGUCAUGUCCGUCAACGUCAACCGCAGCGUGUUGGAUCAGUUCUACCGCUACAAGAUGCCCCGUAUAAUCGCCAAGGUGGAAGGCAAGGGGAAUGGUAUAAAGACUGUCAUAGUCAACAUGACUGACGUUGCCAAGUCUCUGAAUAGGCCUCCCACGUAUCCCACCAAAUUCUUUGGUUGUGAGUUGGGUGCCCAGACCCAGUUCGACGCCAAGAACGACCGCUUCAUCGUCAACGGGUCGCACGAGGCGAACAAGCUGCAAGACAUGCUGGACGGAUUCAUCCGGAAGUUUGUGCUGUGUCCCGAAUGUGACAAUCCCGAAACCGACCUGCACAUCAACGCCAAGAAACAAACCAUCGGGAACUCCUGCAAGGCCUGCGGCUACAGAGGCAUGCUGGACACGCGACACAAGCUCUGCACAUUCAUCCUCAGGAACCCACCAGAGGACACUGGGUCUGCCAAGAAGAAGGAGAAGAAGAGCAAGAAGAAGGACAAGGAGAACGGCUCCAGUGACGGAGAAGCCGCCAACCACAAUGACAUAGACGCCCCCGACGCUGUGGACGGUGACGAUGAUGACCAGGACUGGGCGGAGGAGACGACCGAGGAGGCCCAGCAGCGCCGGAUGGAGGAGAUCAGCGCGCACGCUAAGAACCUGACCCUCAGCGAGGACCUGGAGAAACCCCUGGAGGAGAGGGUCAACCUCUUCUACAACUUUGUCAAGCAAAAGAAGGAGGACGGUGCCGUCGACUCCUCGGAUAAAGAGAUCCUGGCGGAGGCGGAGCGUCUGGACGUGAAGGACACUGCCCCGCUGAUCCUGACAGAGCUGCUGAUGGACGAGAACAUCCGUGACCAGAUCAAGAAGUACAAACGCCACUUCCUCAGAUUUACCCACAACAACAAGAAGGCCCAGAAGUACCUCCUGGGGGGCUUUGAGUGUCUGGUGAAGCUACACCAGACCCAGCUGCUGCCCCGCGUGCCCAUCGUCCUCAAAGACCUGUACGACGCCGACCUGCUGGAGGAGGACGUCAUCCUGGCCUGGGCAGAGAAGGUGUCCAAGAAGUACGUGUCCAAGGAGUUGGCCAAAGAGAUCCAUGCCAAGGCUGCGCCCUUCAUCAAGUGGCUGAAGGAGGCAGAAGAGGAGAGCGAGGGCAGCGGGGCAGAUGAGGAGGAAGAUGAAGAUAACUUGGAGGUGGUCUACUCAUCCUCUGCCCGAGAGCUGAAAGUGGAGACUGUGAAACCAGAGAAGCCUGCGGAGGAAGAAGACGACCUUGACAUCGACGCCAUCUAGAAACAAAACAAGCCUCCACCUACCGGAGUUUUGGAACAUCAAUUUUGCAUGCCUCCACCCCUCCCACUACCUUCCAGCUUUUCUAGAUGAUUCUAUUUACUUUGCGCCUGUGUUAUCAAGCUCGCUAGAUGGAUUGAUGUUUGUAUAUGGGUGGAGAGUUUAUUUUGUAGUUUAUACUAGAGCGCUAAAUGCACUGAAUUUGUUUACUCAUGUAUUUUGCUUCUCCAAUCAAUUAAAGAAUGUUUGCCACAUA